AGAGCCUGAGACCCUGAUACCCCGAGACCCGGAGAUUCUGAGACCCUGAGAUUCUGAGAUUCUAAGAUUCUGAGACCCUGAGGUUCUGAGACCGUGAGAGCCUGAGAUUCUGAGACCCUGAGAUUCUGAGAGCGUGAGACCCUGAGCGCCUGACACCCUGAGACCUGAGAUUCUGAGAUUCUGAGACCCUGAGAGCCUGAGAGCCGAGAUUCUGAGACCCUGAGAGCCUGAGAGCCGAGAUUCUGAGAGCCUGAGAGCCUGAGAGCCUGAGAGCCUGAGAGCCUGAGAGCCUGAGAGCCUGAGACCUUGAGAUUCUGAGUCCCUGAGAUUCUGAGACCCUGAGACCUGAGCCUGGUUGGAUAGGGAGGCGUCAGUAAUGCUGGUCUACAGAGGGGAUGAUCUGCUGAUGGUUCCUCUGGUUUGAAGACAUGGGGACAGGAGACCGGUGUAUGGAGACCCUCCUCAACUCUCUCAGCUCUACAGCGGCCUGGAGCCCUGAGCGCUGUCAGUGACAGACAGGAACUGGUUUCAGGAGGUGUCAGUGGGCAGGAUCAGGAGCCAGGAGGUGUAAGGAGGUGUCAGUGGGUGGGAUCGAGAGUCAGGAGCAGUGGCGUCGUUGCUGUCCCGCUUCCGGGCCCUCCUGAUGGAGAGCGAGUGCCGGGUCCCGGUGGCCUGCUGCCGGCCCCGAGUCCUGGUCCUCCAUGCCCUGUUCUGGGGCCUGGUGUCCCUCAGGGUGUUUGGAUCCUCCCUGCUGAGCGAGGACAGAGCUACAGUGAAGCAGCAGACCCCCUGCUGGCUGCUGGAGGAGUUUGUGGUGACGGCCGUGUGUUCGCAGUGCAAUGCCUUCCAGACGACAUCCUGGUCGUCCUGCUUACCGACGGGAUACGUGGAGCGAGUGAACUGCACCCGGUCCAACAAGGACGAGUACAAGAGCUGCCGCUCCGCCCUGCUGGAGGAGCGUCUCUUCUGGAAGUUCGAGGCGGCCAUGCUGGCUCUGACGGCCUCCUCCUCGGUGCUUGUCGUGCUGCGGCAGCGCUGGCUCGACCGCCUCGCCUCCGAGAAGGUGCGGCGGCAAAUCGAGUCCAUUUAGAGACCUUGGGGGGGGGGGGCAGACAGAAGCUGUGAAAACUUUAUUUAAAAAGCAUCUGGAGACAGAUGAGGCGUUUUUGAUGCCGUCAGAACCUCUGUGAUUCACAGCUCUGGGGCAUCACACAUCCUGCUGAUCACUCAGCUUCAGUUUAAUCUUCUCUGAAUAUGAGGACCUAAAAUCUGGGUCAAAAUAUUUGUUUUGAAUUUCCUCUUCCCGAUUGGUCGACCUCAGCACUCUGAUCAGCUGACCGCCGGUCUUCAGACUGAAACCGUUUUCUUUAUUCUGUUUCUAUGAGAUCAGCUGACGGGGAAAUGUCCCACUGCCUUUGAACGCAGCACCAGGUGUAUUAUUGUUAAAGGUUUGUUUGUAAAUAUGUUUGUUUUUGUUUCUGACCAAAUAAACAGCUGAUCCACA